GUUCCAUUCCCAAGCGCGGAACAAUUAUUUUACGCUAAACUGCUAGCAACAAAGCAAAGGACUUUAGCAACCAUGCUGCAGUCUAUGCAAGCAAAUUCUUCACUAUCCACCCUGCGCUCGCCGCGCCUGCAAGGUAAACCUGUUCUUAUAGGUCUGCGUAGUGCGCUUACACAUCAAGCGCCUUCCCAUGGAGCCGCACCGUUGGCACCACGCGGGCGAGAACGGGUGGUAAUGGCGAGGGCAAUGACAGAAGGUGAGGAGGGCCCUUCAGCGUCUGUCGUGGAGACGCCUACCGCCCCUAGCAGCACCUCUAGCCCUAGCAACACAAGCGGCAGCACCCCCAGCAGCAGCAGCGGCAGCAGUGCAAGCGAGACGUACCCAGGGGAGGAGAUCUUCUACGAGGGCCCUGGAUCCAAUGCGGAACUCCUCAUCAGCUUGCUGCUCUUGCCGACGCUCUUCUACGCGCCUCUGUCAAUAGCAUCAAUAGGCCGACGGCUGUGGAUCACCUUUAAGUUCACCAACAAGCGGUUGACGGUUACCAACACGUCACCGCUGUUCAGCCGUACGAUUGAGGUGCCGUACAGCAAGAUCAAGGAGAUCCGUGCCGGGCCCCGAGGAUUCGGCCUGUGGGGCGACAUGGUGGUUUUCCUGCGUGAUGGCUCCCGGCUCGAGCUGACUGGGCUCGAGAAGUACCGCGAAAUAGCGGACCACAUCAACCGCUGCAUCUACACGCUGUAGGCGGCAAGUUGGACCAACGGGUCGGGCUGUGGAGCGAUGAGAGGGGAGGGGGAUGCUGGGGUGUAAUGGUGAAGG